ACCUGUCAGGAGAUUCAAAGUUUCGACUUCGGCAGCAUAUUCGCCCGGCAGCACUCGAUUCGAUUCAUUCAUUCAUUCUCUGCAAGGCCAAGAAAUCAUAAUGUCGCCCAAUGGGGCGACGUCGUAUUGCCCUUCCAGGUAGAACCAUCAUUGCUGUUGGUACGAGAUGAUAUGCUAUGGGUCGGGACGUGGGCCAUGACGAUGACGGCACCGAACACCCGAUCGGUGAGGUACAGUAUUGUUCGCCCCAGCCAUGUCAUGUACCUUUGGUGGUGGUGGUGGACCAGUAAGAAUGCGAGGGAAAGACACACACACCUCGAAGCGAGGAGUGUUGCGGUAGACUCAGCUGUAUAGCUGGUAUACUUCCCGUUCGGGCAUCGCUCUGGGGGAGAGAGAGUGUGUGUGAAUGAUACUUCCCAGACCACGAGUCUACCAUACGCAACCUACUGGCAGUAUGGCACCGACGGACGACGGGCACGGAGCUGCGCUGGAGAAGCACUGACCCGCACUCAUCAUAACGAAGGUUUGUGUACCUCAAUCUCACAAUCUGCACGCCGACAAGGAAUCCGCCAUCAACUGGGCCGGGGCUGGCUGCGUACACUCUCCCCACCAGAGUUCAAUUGCGCUCUCGAAUGAACAGGCCUCGUGAGGAAGACAAUCUCCUUGGCACAUACCCAGCCUCGUCCCUCGCAGAGGCAGAUCAGUGGGAAGAUGUCCUAUAUAAGACUGUCUCCUCUGCUCUUCACACUUUCUUCUCAUCAGCAAACUGUCAAUCGCCUCUUCGACCAACAGGUUCCUCCACAUCCAACUCUUUACAUUCGUUUAAUAAACACACCACAUUCGUUUUCGAACCCCCCCUCUCAGUCAAAAUGAAGACCUCCACGAUCUUGGCAUUCAUUGCCACUGCUGUCCUCUCCAACGCCACUCCUAUCUCUGAGGAGAAGCGCGACUAUGCUCCAGCUGGCUACGGUUCGAGCAUGACCCCCCCACCACCAAGCAGCCCGGUGCCAAACUACCCACCACACGCCAUCCCACCACCUCAGCCAUGGUCGCCAACCUACCCACCAACUGUCGUCCCACCACCUGGUUCCCCAGUCUACCCACCACCACCAUCUGGCCCCGUCCCACCACCUGGCCCACCCAAGUUCCCCCCAACUGGUUACCAGCCAGGCUACGUCGGCCCACCAAAGGUCCAGCCUCCUACCGACGAGCCAACCGACGACCCAUCCUCGACUCCUGGCUCGUGCUCCGUCGAGCAGACCAACGCCUGCUGCAACGGUGAAUCCACCAGCGUCGGCACUGGCCUCCUUGGACCUCUCCUCGGUGGUAACUGCUCGCCUCUGGCUGAAAUUGGUGGCGAGUGUGGUAGCGCCAACGUUGCCUGCUGCCCUACGACAACCACUGGCGGCGAUGGCCUCACCCUCAUCUCCAUUGGCUCCAUCUGCCAAUUGGUUGCCUUGUAAGCAAGCAACCAGUUUUAAUUCACCUGGACAUGGCUUUGCCCCCAUACUACUCUUCAGGGGGGCGGUUAAUGAGAGACACGGUGGUGGACGACUAUUAGAGGUGCUGCCUGCUACGGGACCCCGAGGCGGACAGUUUUCAUUUCUUGAUCACGAUCUGAGUUGGCAACACUAUGGCACCGACUUGGUGAGCUAAUACAGUCGGACAUUUUAUUAUUGUAAACAACGGAGAGGCGCAUUGUAAUUAGUGACAGCUCGGUCUCGUUAAUGAGCAGCGCAGUUUUGCACAGCAUAUGAGGGAACUUGUUUAAACCUAUUUUCUUUUUUCCUUUGUCUGCAUUGUUCUGAAUACGACUUUAC